GGAGCCGAUGGUGCCGGCGACGAACGCAGCAGGAGGAUGAUCCGCAACCAGUACCGGGAGCUCAUCUACAUCAUGCAGCAAAAUCGUGAGGAUAUGCUGAGUUCAAGGAGCGACAGGCUGACAGAAGCUUUGGAAGAAGCCAAUAAACUGUUUAGUGGAGUGUCCCGUGCGCGAGAGGCUGCGCUGGACGCCCAGUUUCUUGUCCUAGCCUCAAAUCUAGGGAAGGAGAAGGCCAACGAGUUGCAUUCUGAGAUGACAGCAUUUGAUUCACUAGCAUUUGCAGAAGACUUGCUAACCUUCAUGGGUAUAAAUCGCAUUGAAGAAGAAGAUGAUGAUGAUUCUGAAGGUAUUCCAGGUGGCUAUUUACCUAGUAAUGCCUGGCAUAAACUGGGAGAAGAAACAGAAAAGUACUUCAGAAGAGCACCUUCUUUUCACUAUAUGUUGGGAACUUUCAAGUCUGAUCCUCCUAUACCAAAGCAACGGAUUGAGAGGCAGAAAAAGGCUGCAAGAGGGGAAGAAAAACGGGCAAUGCCUGCUCAGUUAAAAAAAAUGGAACCGUCUCAUCAGGAAGCUACAGAAAAAAUAGUAGAGAGGAUCUUGGGAUUAUUGCAAACACAUUUUAAAAAUGAUCCUGAUACUCCUAUUUCCUUCUUUGAUCUUGUGAUCGACCCAAACUCUUUUGCACGAACUGUGGAAAACAUCUUUCACGUUUCCUUCAUUAUAAGGGAUGGUUUUGCAAGAUUAAAGCUGGAUGAUGAUAAAUUGCCAAUAAUAGAGCCUUCAAAAGACAGCGAGGGAGGCGAGAACGACCGCAGUGCUAGAGCACGGAGCCAGGUUGUCAUGGCCCUCAACCACCAGAAAUGGAAGGAGAUCGUAGAAACAUAUGAAAUAACAGAACCCAUGAUUGGUCCUCCUUACUACAGAAAUGAAGAUGAAAUGGAGAUACCUUAA